AUGUCCGCGACGUCGACGUCGCCCGCGCGCGCGGUCGCGUCGAGCGCGCGGGCGCGGCGAGCGCGCGGACGGGUCGUGAACGGCGCGCGCGCGGAAAGUUCACAGGCGCGCUCGAGCGCGUCCGCGCGCGCGCGCGAACGGCGCGCGCGGACGACGCGGGCGACCGCGGAGUCGUCGGUGUCGUCGGUGUACAUCGAGCACACCGACGCGUACGGGGUGGUGUUUUACGCGAAUUACUUUGCGACGUUGGCGAACGCGGCGGAGGCGCUCGGGACGGCGGACGGGGGCGCGGCGGAUGGUGACGCGGCGAAGGCGAUGGGUCGUGGACGCGUGUUAGCGAUAGAUGAGUGCAAGUACGCGCGACCGGCUGUUUUAGGAGAUGAGAUCGCGGUGAGGUCGGAGGUGAUGGAGGUCGUAUCGACGAGCGGGAGCGAGAGACGCGCCGUCGUGCGACAGAUCGCGAGAAACGCGAACGACGAGGAGACGGUAUAUUUGAGCGCUGACGUGACGUAUGUCGAUCGUGAUGACGCGUUGGAGGCGUUCACGUCGGUGGAGACGCCGGAAUGGACGCCAGAGGAGCGUUUCGCGACGACGCCCGUGCGCGUGUAUCGCGGAGAGGCGUCUUGGGGAGAGGAUGAGUUGUCACACGUCGACGUGCUGCGCUUCUUUGAGCGCGGUCGCACCGAUGCAAUCGGAGGUGCACGCGCACUUCAACACCUCAAGGAGACGCACGGCGUCGUGGUGGUGGUUUCGCGUCUCAACGCGCGUUUCGCCGAGCGCAUGCUCGUGCGUCGUCGCCCGAACGCAAUCCCCGAGUGUGAGGUCCGGUCGUGCGUCGAGUUCAAGAGUCGAGGAAUUCAAAUCGUUUUUCACCAGGCUCUGUACGACGUCGACGGCGUCACGUGCGUGGCGCGCGCGUCCAUCGCGUGCACGUGUCUGAACUCGAAGACGAUGCGGCCCAUGAAGUGUCCGAGCGCGCUCGCCGAACAAUUCACCCCCUUCGUCCUGCGCCCGAGCGUGAGAGCGACCGGAUCUAGCCCCGAGUCCCGAAUCACCGCUCGAACGUCGUAG